GUCGUCGUCGUCGUCCCGCGCGCGUCCACCGGCUCCCGGCUCGCGCCGCUCCGUGUAGCCGCUCCCGGGAGACGAGGAGGCGGGGGCGACCACAAGAUGGCGGACCUCUCGCUGCUCCAGGACGACCUGCAGGAGGACGCGGACGGACUUGGUGUGGAUGACUACAGCUCAGAGUCUGAUGUGAUUAUUAUACCUUCAGCCCUGGACUUCGUCUCACAAGAUGAAAUGUUGACACCACUGGGGAGGCUGGACAAGUAUGCUGCAAGUGAGAACGUAUUUAACAGACAAAUGGUGGCCCGGAGUUUGCUGGAUACAUUGAGGGAAGUCUGCGAUGAUGAAAGAGAUUGUAUUGCUGUUUUGGAAAGAAUUAGCAGAUUAGCUGAUGACUCAGAACCAACUGUGAGAGCUGAGCUGAUGGAGCAGGUGCCACAUAUUGCAUUGUUUUGUCAAGAGAACCGGCCAUCAAUACCAUAUGCUUUCUCCAAAUACUUACUACCUAUUGUGGUUAGAUACCUCGCAGAUCAGAAUAAUCAGGUGAGGAAGACAAGUCAGGCAGCGUUGCUGGCUCUGCUAGAGCAGGAGCUGAUUGAGCGAUUUGACGUGGAGACCAAAGUGUGCCCAGUCCUCAUAGAGCUGACUGCCCCAGACAGCAAUGAUGACGUGAAGACAGAAGCAGUGGCUAUAAUGUGCAAGAUGGCUCCCAUGGUUGGGAAGGAUAUUACAGAACGUCUAAUCCUACCUAGGUUUUGUGAAAUGUGCUGUGACUGUAGAAUGUUUCAUGUCCGGAAGGUCUGUGCUGCCAAUUUUGGAGAUAUCUGCAGUGUGGUUGGCCAACAAGCUACUGAGGAAAUGCUGCUGCCCAGGUUUUUCCAGCUGUGUUCUGAUAAUGUGUGGGGCGUCCGAAAGGCAUGUGCCGAGUGCUUCAUGGCUGUAUCUUGUGCAACAUGUCAGGAAAUCCGACGGACCAAAUUAUCAGCACUAUUUAUUACCUUGAUCAGUGAUCCUUCACGUUGGGUUCGCCAAGCUGCUUUUCAGUCUCUAGGACCUUUCAUAUCCACUUUUGCUAAUCCAUCUAGCUCAGGACAAUAUUUUAAAGAUGAAAGUAAAAGUUCAGAAGAUGUAUCAGCAGAAGACAAAACUAGGAUCAAAGAGCAUGACAUCGCAGAAUGUGGACAGAUCAGCUCUGAGGAUGUUCCUUCAGAAAUCAGUGUCCCUAAUUCCAGUGUCAGACUGGAAAACACACUGGAAGACUCUGCUGCUGAGACAUCCAGGACCUCUCCAGGUGACAUAAGUGUUCCAGUGGACAGCUCCUUACUCUGUACUUUGUCCUCAGAGUCCCCUGAGGAAGCAGCUAGUGAGGAGAAUGACCAAAAAUCCAGUACCCAAGAAUCUGCAUCCCAACCGGAGGUUGGCACCAGUUCCUUCGAUUCUGCUCUCUUAGAAUUGUUCAACUCAUUCCACUUCUGGAGGACUCCUCUUCCGGAAAUAGAUCUUGACAUAGAGCUUGACCAGGACUCUGGGAAGAGACUCAGCCCAGAGAGACCAGGAGAAGCACCUGGCAUCCCUGUGCCAAGCUCACCCAAUAUUGCCAUGGCUACCCGGAAGGAACUAGAAGACAUGAUAGAAAACCUAGAGCCCCAUAUGGAUGACCCAGAUGUUAAAGCACAGGUGGAGGUGCUGUCAGCCGCACUGCGUGCGUCCAGCCUCGACGCUCACGAAGAGGGUGAGGCCGGUGGAGUAGACCAGAGGUCGGAGCUGCAAGAUGAGCCAGGUCUCAGUGAGCCGCCAGAUUGUAACAUAAAGCAAGAUGACUCUGUGCCUUCAAUCAGCGCUGCUGUUGAGAAUAUGGACACCACUCUACACUACGUCCAUGGAGACACGGACGUGAGCACCAGUGGUGGCUUCAGCCCUGAUGAGGAGAGGAGACCAAAAGUGCAAGAUGUUGUGCCUCAAGCUUUGCUAGAUCAGUAUUUGUCAAUGACUGACCCCUCUCGAGCGCAGACGGUCGACACUGAAAUUGCAAAGCACUGUGCAUACAGUCUGCCUGGGGUGGCUCUGACACUUGGCAGGCAGAACUGGCACUGUCUGAGGGAGACUUAUGAGACACUGGCAUCAGACAUGCAGUGGAAGGUUCGAAGAACGUUAGCCUUCUCUAUCCACGAGCUUGCAGUUAUUCUUGGAGACCAGUUGACAGCUGCAGACCUGGUUCCAAUUUUUAAUGGGUUUUUAAAAGACCUCGAUGAAGUCAGAAUAGGUGUUCUUAAACACUUGCAUGAUUUUCUAAAGCUUCUUCAUAUUGACAAAAGAAGAGAAUACCUUUAUCAACUUCAGGAGUUUUUGGUGACAGAUAAUAGUAGGAAUUGGCGCUUUCGAGCUGAGCUGGCUGAACAGCUGAUUUUACUUCUAGAGUUAUAUAGCCCCAGAGAUGUUUAUGACUAUUUACGUCCCAUUGCUCUGAAUCUGUGUGCAGACAAAGUUUCUUCUGUUCGUUGGAUUUCCUACAAGUUGGUUGGUGAGAUGGUGAAGAAGCUGAACACUGCCACCCCCCCAACCUUUGGUGUCGACCUCAUCCAUGAGCUAGUGGAGAACUUCGGCAGGUGCCCCAAGUGGUCUGGGCGACAAGCCUUUGUCUUUGUCUGCCAGACCGUCAUUGAAGAUGACUGCCUCCCCAUGGACCAGUUUGCUGUGCAUCUGAUGCCACAUUUGUUAACCUUGGCAAACGACAGGGUUCCAAAUGUUAGAGUGCUGCUUGCAAAAACAUUAAGACAAACACUCCUUGAAAAAGAGUAUUUCUUAGCUUCUGCCAGCUGUCAUCAGGAGGCUGUGGAACAAACCAUCAUGGCCCUGCAGAUGGAUCGAGACAGUGAUGUUAAGUACUUCGCAAGUAUCCACCCUGCCAGUACCAAAAUCUCUGAAGAUGCAAUGAGCACAGCUUCCUCAACCUAUUAGACAACUAAAACCAUGGCGUCCUUCCUGCUUCCACAAGCGCCAAGGUUUGGCUGCCCUGUACCAGUCCAGGGCAGCUGUCGGGGGAGGCCUUCCUCCUGCUAACUCAUUUGCAGGUGCAGGCUGCCUAUACCUGAUACCAGGGGUUUUAAGAGUCAAGAGAAAGUACAGUAAACACUAUUACCUUAUCUUGACUUAAGGGAAAGUAAUUUCUCAGAGGAUUAUAAUCGUCACCGAAGCCUUAACUCAUUUCUUCAUCUUCCUGACUGAAUGAAACUUGAAUUGGCAGAGCAUUUUCCUUAUGGAAAGGACGAGGUUCCCAGAGACCUGCAUUGCUUUCUCCUGGUUUUAUUUAAUGACUGAUAAAUGACAUUCUUAUGCCCAGAAGGCGGAUGUGCACCGGAUAUGAAAGACCUUCAGUAUUAGCCUAACCGUUUCUUCCAGGCAUAGAGCUGUUGGGCUCCAUGCCACCUGGCCCAGCCCUGAGUGUGGUUAGUUCUUGGCAUAUAUACAUGGCACAGGAGAGUUUGUUGGAUUUCUCCUAAGGGCUUAAUGCUAACACUAAAAUAGAAUCUGAUUUUCACUCUUCCGUGCAGCAUAUUGCUGUACACAUGUAUAAAAUGUCUGCUGAGUAUCUCUGUUCUGGAUUCCUUCAUGCUGGUCAUGACCUCAAGGAAAUUUCUUAGCACAAACAUUGUAUGGCAGGAGUUUUGAACUUGAUCAUGGUCAGCUCUGAGGUGCAGCUUUUUCUUCCUGUGCUGUACGUACCUGUAAGCACUCUGGGAGUGUGCGGUCUUUAAUCAUGCUGUUAGAACUAUCGUGGUACAAGUUCUCUUGUCCAAAUAAAAUUGAUAAGAUCUAUAAAGAGAAUAUAUAUACACUUUGUUUUCUAGAUGUCUACAAAUAAAUGCAAUUCGUGACAGUA